CCGCCGCCAUGAACGACAAAUAUCACCGGGCGGCUCGGGACGGCCACCUGGAGCUGCUGAAAGAAGCGACGCGUAAAGAUCUCAACGCUCCGGAUGAUGACGGAAUGACGCCGACGCUGUGGGCCGCGCACCACGGCAACCUGCACGCGCUCCGGCUGGUGGUGGGGAGAGGAGGAGAUCCGGACAAAUGUGAUAUUUGGGGAAACACGCCCCUUCACCUGGCGGCAGCGAACUGUCAUCUGAACUGCCUGUCCUUUCUGGUGUCGUUCGGUGCAAACGUGUGGUGCUUGGACAACUACUACCACACGCCGCUGGACAUGGCGGCCAGCAGAGGUCACAUGGACUGCGUGAGAUACCUGGACUCCAUCGCCGCCAAGCAGAUCACCAUCAACCCCAAACUGGUCAGCAAACUGAAGGAACGUGCCUUCCGUAACGCCGAGAAACGCAUAAAGAACUGCGAGAAGCUCCAGCGCAGGCAUCACGAGCGCAUGGAGAAGCGCUUCUUGCGAGAGACGUCUGCAGCCGACGCGCUAGACACCAUGAGCUACAGCAGUUUUAGCAGCACGUUGAGCCGCAAGAUCCCACAGUUCAACACCCUUGACUCCACGACGUACUCGCAGGCAACGCUUCAGUCCACAGCAAGAGGCAAAACCAAAAUUCAGCGCCGCCUCGAGAAGAAGAAACAAGGAGACGGGACAUUCAAGAUAUCCGAAGACGGACGGAGGAGCGUUCGCUCCCUCUCUGGUCUCCAGCUGGGCAACGAUGUGAUGUUUCUGAAGCAGGGUACGUACGUCAGCCCGCGGCAGCAGUCCAACCCCAGACUCAACAUCCGUAACAUGUUUUCCAGUAAACCGGAUGAAGAUGAUGACGUCGACACGGUUUCCCGAGCGCUCAGUGACCCCGGUCUGUAUGACGCUGCAUACUCUGAAAUUAGCACAGACUCGGGGCGGGACUCUCUGUUUAACCGGCCGGGACUCGGCACUAUGGUGUUCCGCCGGAAUUACAUGACCGAUGGGCUGUUCCGCAUGGGACGGGAUGAAGGCAGCGUGGCCGGGAGCGAGCCAGUGGGACGGGCACCCAACGUCCGGUUACGAGGGAGAUUGCCACUCAGAUCACCCAGUCUAGAUGAGGUCAGCGUCGGCAGCUCGCUGAGUCUCCAGGAGAGAAACUUACAGGAUUUGCCGUGGGAGGAAGGAGAUCUGGGUCUGGAGGAGGAGGAUGAUGAACAGCAGCCUUCGUCGGCACCUUUGGAAGUGUUUUUGGCAUCUCAAGGUCUGACUGAUUUUCUCUCCGUCUUCCAUCGGGAGCAACUGGACUUGGAUGCGCUGCUCCUGUGUUCGGAGCAGGACCUCAUCAGCAUUCACAUUCCUCUAGGACCCCGCAAAAAACUGCUGGGCGCAUGCGGCAGACACAGUCACGUGCUGGACGGAGCAGGUGACAUGCAGGACACUGUGCUGUGACGAGUAUGUGCGAGUUGUCUACAAUGAGAUACUGUAUAUUUAUGUUUUUAUCAUCUGCCAUAUUUGAUUUAUUUUAUCACGGUGCAUUCUGAGAUUGCCUUCACCUUUAAAGAUGGAUACAGUACAACCUCAGAAUUUGGAUGGAAUAUCUUAUAAGGUAACAUAAUGAUGCUGACUUUAUUUUUAAAGCAGUCUUCCGGUCAGGAUGCCAUCAACAUACUGUAAAUGUAAGCAGCUUACAUUGAGGUUUGGAACAGACUGUUGUUGCAUACAUGUCUGUUUGCGUUUCACUGUGUACAUAAAAAAUAUAUAAUUGAACUCAAACGUCUGUAAGUGACCCUGUAAACACAAUUGUGCCCCCUUGUGGUUGAUAGGAAAACUACAGCCCCUCUAAUUCCUUUCAAUGCAAAAGAAAUGCUUCCACUGUUAAUUAAUAUAAAUGUUUAAAGUAUCAUGAGACCAAAACCAUGAUAAAAAUGAUCUCUGUCUGUUGACUUACAUGCUUGUGAAUGUUACAGCAAAAUCAUUCAGAAAAUGGCAGAGAAACAAAAGCAGUAGUCCUUCAUCAAAAAAAGCAAACCAAGUUUAGACAUUAUCAGAAAAUGUUGUAUCUAAAAUGUUGGUUUCAUUAAAGAUAAAGCUCAAUCGCUAUUACUGAUUAUUUUAUCAAUUGAAGUAUACAUAGUUUUUACAACAUGUGAAAUAUAUGUAGCUGUGAAAAACAAUGUAAUUCAGCCAAAAAUUUGGUUAUUUAUUUAUGCGAUUUUUAACCUGUAUGUUACUCUUUCUUCAGUGGAACACAAUAGAAGAUAUUUUGAGAAAUGUCUCGGUGGUUUUGUGUUCAUUCAACAGAAGUUGAUGGGGUUGUUUAGUUAUCAACAUUCAUCAAAAUAUCUUCUUUUGUGUUCUGCAGAUCAUACAGGUUUGAAAUGACAUGAGGAUAAGGAUGUGAUGACAGAAUUUUCAGUUUUGGGUGAACUAUCCCUUUUAGAACAACAUUCAUGUUGAUUUGAUCAUGCAUUAUACAAACACACACAGUGUUUGUAUAGUUUCAUAUCUGUACAGUUUUGUGGAGGAGCUUUAUUUGUUUUGGACUCUGUGGUCUUUGCUCUUUUAUGAUGGGGCUGUGCUGCAGGUUUUAGAUGCUGACCUACUGAAAGGUGAUAUAACUCUUGUUACUUUAUCUCUCUAUCCCACACACUCAUACAAGCAAACACACCCACCCACCCGUGGCUAACAUAUUUACCCUGUUCUUCACUUUAUCUUAGUGUAAAGUUUUAAUUUGUCUCCUUUACUUUUGGUCUACAGUUCUCUUGCCAGUCUGCUCAGAUUUGGUCCCAUUCCCGAAAGACGAGUUCAUAAGAAUUCUGUCCUGCUGGUGUUUCAUAAAUGACUAUAUUUAUUUAUUGUUAUGCCUAGUCCAUUUUAAGGGUCUAGGUGACAUUUUAAUGUCGCUAUCAUGAUGUAUAAAUACUGCCAUUUAAAUAACAGAGUAUCAUGUUUUGCGUACACUAAUGAGAAUUAGGAUUUUUUUAUGUUGGGCUAAAAUGUGUCCCGGCACUUUUUCAUUUUUUGGGUCGCCAAAUGCCAAUGUAUUCAGUGAAAAGUUGUGGCAAAAUGUUAAUAAACAAGUUG